AUGGGUGGUGGAAACAGGAACGCGUUUGGACUGGCAUUUGAAGCAAAUGGAAAGGUAUGGAAUUCUACAUUGUGUAACGCUGAUUCUGACAAUGACGGGAAAACAAAUGGUGUUGAACUCGGAGAUCCUAACUGUGUAUGGACCGAAGGAGCUGUUCCUGAAAUUACAAGCGGAUUGUCGCAUCCAGGUGUUUGCGAGCCGUGGGACUCUGAUGAAUGUUUAGCACAAAAUCAGUGGGAAUUCUGUGGCAGCGAAGUCUUCUCUUGUCCAGCCAUGGAUGCAACGGAUGACGUUCGAAAUGUCAGUGUUCGUUUCCCGCCAACGCAGGUGCCUCCUACAGAGACGAAUUAUUAUUGCAUGGCGGUGGAGCUGCCGGGGGAUGGCGACUAUCACCUUAUUGCAUCAAGUCCAAUAAUCGACAAUGCUUACGUUAUGCAUCACAUUAUCGUGCAUGGGUGUAAUGACGAGGAUCUAACGGGUGGUGAAUCUGACGUUCGCACUAAAUUUGGAACUCCAACAUUAUGUGGAAUGGACACUGGUUGUAGCAAUAUAAUUACUGGCUGGAGUCUUGGAUCACCAGGAAAUUGUUACUCGGAACGUGCAGCUUUCAGAAUUGGAAAACACGGAUACAAAUAUGCGGUCAUGCAGAUGCAUUGGAAUAACCCAGAAUUGCGCUCUGAUUACACCGACAGUUCUGGUGUAACAUUGUUCUACACACCAAACUUGAGACCCAAUGACGCUGGAGUCUUUGUAGUCGGUCAGCGUUACCUCGAUAUCAAACCAGGAUUAGAAAGUCAUACUGAAUCUGCCAUGGCUUCGUCAAGUUGUACUCGCCAGACGCUUCCCUACCCUAUUCACAUACUCAAUACUGCUCUACAUAUGCACUAUUUAGGUAAAUCAGGCUUUUCAGAUCUUCGCCGUAAUGGAAACAAGAUAAAAACGUUAGGUCGAAAUGAUGCAUUCAGUUACGACUCACCGGUUGGUUUUGUACAUGAUCCACCGAUAGAGUUUCUACCCGGUGAUGAGGUAUUCAUUAGUUGCACCUUCGAUUCACGCUCAAGAACAGAAACCACUUACUACGGUGACGAUACAUCAGCUGAAAUGUGCUACGGGUUUUUCCAAUACUACCCGGUGAUUGGUAAUUUGACAGCUAUGCUGAGGUACAAAGACUUCGAACUUUGUCCCAAAGCAAGAGGUCGAGCUUUAACGGUUGGAGGAUGUAGUUUGACGAUGACGGUCUUUCAAGCUUUUUCAAUGAAAGUUGUGACAAAGUGCUCAAUGGCCGGUGAUGGCUGUACACCUGAAUGCAAAGAAAUGGUGAAAGAAACCAGGUUGAAUGACGAGUGUAUGGGGAACGAAGACAUUUUUGGGAUGGUGAAGGUUUUAACAGAGAGAGAACCUCGGCUUCAGAACAUUUGGAGAGCAUAUGAGUCCUGUGACGAUGAGAUUAAGAUGGAUGAUGUGACUGGGUCAGCUUCCUUUAUACAGGCAUCAUUGACAUUGGUUACGGUUGUGUUUUUCGCCUCGAUAGUUUAA